AAAAAAAUGGAUAAAUUUGUUGCGGUCAUACUAACUCAGUAAUAUAUUAAUGUGGAUCAGAUGUCCGUUUCUGUCUUGACUUCUAGUUCCUCUGUAAUUUCUAUGAGGCCGCGAAGUUGUCGCUGCUUACGCAGCGCCAGCGUGACGUCACGGGCCCCCAGCGUCCGCAGUGGGGGUGUACCCGCGAUCUCUCACUCCACGCGCAAAAGAAUGCUGUGAAUUAAACUGUUUUUGGGAUACAAAUUUGAAUAUUGAAAGAUAAUCAUUUAGCAAACCGUUUGAAACCGUGGAACUCCCCAUCUUCCGUUAAUCUCGUGUAUGAAUAUAGGAUUUUAGAGCAUCUUCCGAGAAGCAAGCGAUAGGGAAGUGCCUGGCUCGGCAACUGUGGGGGUUUUUAUCUCGCUAAUGCAAAACAACGCAAACAAAGAAACUGGGGAAUCGGUACGUGUUCGUCCAACUUUUCUAAGACAAAAAGAACACGCCAAUACGUUUGCUUUACUCGUUUACUGUCUAGAGUGAUGCGUCCUCUCAGAUAAUCUGCUAGUUUGAAAGCUAAUGGCACAAACGGCUAAAGCCGAAAUGCUACAUAACGAGCAAGCAUUAGAGAGACUGUAAUGAAAUAAUAACCAUAUAAGAAACGCUACAAAGGACAUAUUGUUGUAAAUAUAUGACGUAUUAUCCGGAGCUAAUCCAAGGAGUGAAGACAAUCUGAGGCUCCGCGACUCAAGUGCCUCAAGCACCGUUGUUCUGCUGCUCCUGAGUGUGACUCGUCCCCACGACGUCACCAAUGCGACCAUGGGAAAUCGCAGUCAAUAGGCGGCCACCAAUAGCCCCCUUAAAUCAGAGGAGGUUCCAGGGGGAGCCUUGUAACACCCCAGUGCAUCUCAGGAGAAGUCCUCCCGUGAGACGGCAGUGGGGACGCAGAGACAGACCUGUACUGCACAACUUCCUGCACCAGGGUGAGAACUUCCACUAUCCUCUCCUGUCACAGCAUCAGCAGCAGAUUUCUGUAGAUGAGUCCCGACUGUACAGUCACACCAGCGUACCGCCACGAAUGCUCCACCCUGCCCCACACCCGCCUCAACAGAAUCCCAUCAUGGUGGAUCUUCACGAGCAGAUGCACCAGGGACCGGUCCCGAUAUCUUACACAGUUACCACGGUGACAACACAUGGUUUCCCCCUGCAUACCGGCCAGCCUAUCCCAGGGUGCAACACACAGCAGCUCCCAGCAUGCUCGGUAAUGUUCAGCGGACAGCACUCUCUGCUCUGCCGCCUUCUUCCUCCUCUGAUUCAAGCCUGUACAAUGCAGCACUUGCCAGUGUCUUACCAAGCCUUCCCGCCUCUGAUCUCCAGUGAGCAUUUUAUAUUGCACCCCCCACCACCAGUGCCCCCCCAUCAACCACCUCACCUUACUCCCAUAAGCCAGUUCGUCCCUCUGCAGCCCCAGCACCCCCGCAUGCCUCUGCAGAGAGUAGAAAAUGAAGUGGAAAUGAGAGGCGAGCAACACCCUGUGGGUGGAUUUGCUUACCCUCCGACCCAUCACCCACCAGCAAUGGCCCCCUCUGUCCCCCUUCAGUAUCUCCCUCAAGACCCUCUGCACCAGGACCUGCCCUUCGGAGUGCCAUACCCUCAUGUUCUGCCACGACGUGUUAAUGGGCAGAGAUACAGGUUACAGCAGCCCUUGCCUCCCCCUCCUCCUCCACCUCCCUACUAUCCAAGUUUCCUGCCAUACUUCCUCUCUAUGCUUCCCGUGCCUCCAGCUGCCGUGGGGCCAGCGAUCAGUUUGGACCUGGAUGUGGAUGAUGUGGAAAUGGAGAAUUACGAGGCAUUACUAAACCUUGCUGAGAGGCUAGGAGAGGCCAAACCUCGUGGACUCACCAAAGCCGAUAUUGAGCACCUUCCGUCCUAUAGGUUCAAUCCAGAAAAUCACCAAUCUGAACAAACCCUGUGUGUUGUAUGCUUUAGUGAUUUUGAGUCUAGGCAGCUACUUCGAGUAUUACCAUGUAACCAUGAGUUUCACGCUAAAUGUGUCGACAAAUGGUUAAAGACUAAUCGCACUUGUCCAAUCUGUCGAGCCGAUGCAUCCGAGGUCCACCGGGAUGUGGAGUGAGUCCAGAUACGGUUUAUCCAAUGGGGGGGAAAAAACAGCACAAUAUAAAGGAGUCUGUUUCACGUGGAGACACGGGGCAUAUGGCACCCACCCCAUGUCCCCCAAGUAAAUGAAAACAAAAAUGUCCCACCCACUCCCCGCGCCUUGAACAAUAAACAGUCUAGCAACAUAUCUGGAGCUCUGUCGUUACCUCUGCUGAGCAUUGUGUGAGAUUGAUGAAAGCUACUGCAUAGUAUAGCCACAUAGCCAUAAAUUCUGGAGUUGUCCUGUGUACUUGUUUUGCCCUUGUGUUGCCAAUAUUCCAAAGAUUUAACGUGUAUAAUCUUUUGUUGUGUUGCAACUCUAUGGAAGAAAAGUAGGCAUUUUUUUCAUGAUACUAGUUUGAUUUUUUUUGUUGUAUUUUGUAGCUUAGACUCAUUCCAAGUACUACAUCAGUGAUUUAAAUGAGUUUUGGAUUGUGGCUGGGAGAGUAUGGAGCUACGUGUUGUGCAAACAGCAGACAAACAAUAACAAGAAUUUCUUUUUUAUGGUUAGUAGCAAACUGGACCAUUCCACUGGCUUUGGAUAAAAGCUUAACCACCAGAGAUGCAUGUUUGUAUAGGUGAUGGGCAACGUGAAUUGUUAAUAACGUAUGUUACGCAAUAAUGUAUUGAUGAUUUUGAUAUUUCUUUCCCAGUUUAUUUUGUUUGAUUCUUUUUUUAUUUUAAUCAGCGAAUGCUAUUGUGAAAGUCUUGACUUGCUGUGGUAACAGGUGCAGUAUCUCUUUCAGGCCUGAGAUAAAAGAAAAAUAGGAUUGGGACUGAUAAAGAUGUGCUGGUUUGAAACCUCCUUUAUGCUUUAUCGCUCACAAAACUAAAACAUUUAAAAGGAAGCUCUCCUGGAAAGAAGGGGGGGGGGCGUGUUGCAGUGGAGUCGCCAUCAUCGCUCUUGUAGAGGGCAUUGUUUCAGACGUCUGGUACCAGGGGAGACAGUGGGACGUGGAGACUGCCUCACGCCAGGUCUGCCUGGCCGUGCUGCCCCAGCACCACAUCCUUCAAGCCAGCCUUGUCCCUCUGCCAAACACUAACCCUCUCUCCCUCUCUUGGAGCUGUUGCUUUGUGUGGCUACUGGAUCCAGGGGAUUUGCUGGGCAAAAUUGCAUGGGCUGUUGAUUUAGAUUAGCAAUAUUUAAAUCAAGAAUCACCACCAUUUAAACUGUCAGGAAAACAAACAAAAAAAAAGAAUACUUGGUUAAACCAGGAGGAACCAGGUUUGAUGGAUGGCCUUUGUCUUACCAUUAUUUACACUUCUGCAUCGGCCACGGGAAGACGGUCGUCAUCCUGCUACAUCAAAGUUGACUUUGGAGAUGUUGGAGUCCUUUGCAGAAAGCAAUAUGUGCAAUUAGUGCCGGUGUUAAGCCGAACACUUCAUGUUUUAGGAAGGCCAGGUUUUUCCUCGUUUGUGAACCAAAUACUCAAUAUAUUCUUCAAGAUUUCAGCUCUGCCUUUCCAAGACCUUGACAAGCACAAAUGUAUUAACUACUCAUCUUAAAAAAAAAAAAAAACAAUCUUUCUGUUAUGUUCACUUGUUUUAAUAGUAUAGGGUUUUUAAAUUGUCUUAUUUAUUGGUUUUAUCCUUGAGAGAAAACAAACUGAAGGAUGAGGUGAAAGUACUAACGUGAUAUAUAAUUGUGUGAUGUAUAGGCAAUUUUGUCAGGUCUCAAUCCUUGUAUUAGGUGGUGUGUAAAAGAAACAUUUUAAGCAUUGCAAUGAAGUGAACAGCUUAAAUGGUCUUGUUUUUAAGACAAAAGAAUGUUUAAACAUCAAUAGCAUUGCAUAAAGAAUCCUGUGUAUGUAAUUUGUGAGUUUCACGGUGAGCAUGUUGGCCAUAGUUACACAAUGAUUAGAAAGGGAUUAAAGUGACAAAAGAUAGAGCUUUAUGGUUUGGCUGAGCAGUGCACUGACUCCUCUGUCCUCAGUUGGUAUUGCUCAGGCAUCCAAAAACCCAAUUUGAUGGUUCGCAAAACUCAUUUGCAUUCUAAGGUGUUCUCAAUAGUGCUGUAAGUGAGAGGACCCCAUCAAGGAACUGGCCCACCUAGCACUUAUUGGCAGUCUUAACACUAAAGAUGGAGACUUUCCUUCCCCGUAAAGGGACCUUGCCAUGUUUUAUUGAGAAUGUCUCCAGUGCCUCUAGUGUACCCACUUGAAAAAAGCCAUUUUAAUGAAUUUAGCCCAGAGUUUAGGUAACAAACCUAUAUAUACACAUAUCUGUUCACUGGCAUAUAUAUUAUUGUGAGUUUCACUCAGGGCCUUUCAUUUAUUAAAGAAGAAUAAAAUAAAGUCAAUUUGAAAUUUAAAAUGAUACGAGGGGGGGUGGGGGGUGGGGUAUUUCAUUUUCUUUGGUUGCUUUCCUCAGGCCGUUCGUAGUUUACGUAACCGAUUCAGAAUACUCUCAAUUUUGCCAAAAGUAAUUGAUAUCUUUUAAAGACAGGCAUGCAAGCAAAAGUAUAUUUAAAAGAAAACUUAACAAUGUUAUAAAUGUAGAAAGAAAAAAGAAGCAAUGUGUCACUGCAAUCCAUCAGAGCAUAUAUUAACCUGUUAACGUUCUGUUUCUGUGUUCUUGUAUUUGAAUGAAACACACAAACACACAAGUUGUGAUCCUAUUUUAAAUGUGUGUGUCUGCACACACUAUCCUACCUAAACCACUUCCAAACGUAUCCUAAAGGUGUUUGCAUGAUAAAAAAAAGAAAAAAAAGUGUGUUUUUGAGUGAAAGAUAUCUAUAGAGGGGGGUAGGGAAAAUAUUUAAUUGUGCACAAUAUGCAUGCAUGUCUGACCAGCUACCAACUGGUUUUUAGCUAAGCUCUAGUUGGCUUUGGGUUUCUGGGGUCGGGGACUUUCUGCUCAGCUGAUAACUGCCAUGCAUUGUACUGCACACAUUUGUAACACCUGAAGGACUACAAGAUUUUAUUUUGGUAGUAGUAGGUCCACAUUGACUUCUUGGAACUGUGAAAUACGUUAAAUUCAGAUUCCUUUCUUUUUUUUAAGGGGUGGCACACCACAUUGGAAUUACUGUUUUUUUGACUGAAGGUGUGAAACCUGGAUGGUAGAUAUUUGAAAGCCAUAUAGUGAAAAGGUGCUAGAUCUUAGGUGAGCUGCUGUUUUAACAUAGAGGCAUGCAGCAGGUUCCCACCAAGCCGUGUGCUGUGUUAAAGCCCCCAGUGGUCAUUUACAUGCAUCCAAAAGGGAGGGUAUUAUUUUCCCAUUACAAAAAAAAACAUUUUUCAGUCCAGCUCAUCACCAAAACAAUAAUCUAUACUAUUCUACUUUUGUAGUCUACUUCCUAUACAAGUAGUUCAAAAUUAACUACUUGUGAAAGUCUGCCUUAAAUUAGAUGGAUUUUUAUUGUCUGGGACAUUGUUACAUAUGUAGUCAUACUGCCACCAAUAUAGUAGUUAAUCAGUGUAUUCAGUGGUGUUGAUCGCUUUAUCUAAAAGCUUUUGAACAGCAUUGCCAAAAUAUAAUCAGCAUGUAAAUCACUGGUUAUUUAUUUAUAAUAUGCAAUUGUUUGGCUUUUUAAAGUAUUUAGAAGCAUUUCACAAUACCCAAAGUCCAGAGACUAAAAAAAUGUGUGUUUUUCUUUUUAUAUAUACACAUAUAUAUAUAUAUGUGUAUAUAUAUAUAUAUAUAUAAAAUGAGGGGGGGAUCUAUAUCACAAAAUACACACACAGAAUCUUGUAGUCUUUCGGGAUCCAAUUAAUAAGUAAUUUCACAGCUUGUGUGGUGCAAAAUUGUAUUCCAAUAAGCAGCUAAAAUUCUUUAGGAUUUGUGAUUUGUUGAUUGCUCCGUAGAUGCCACUGAUUGUUUACCAAUGAUUUUUUGCUGUGGUGGGAUAGUGGAUUGUUUACUGUUCUAAUACUCCCCCUGGUCCCUAGGGGUCCCUGUCUGAGUUUCAGGCUACCCACCCUCUAACAGGAUCAGGGGCACGUGUUCUGUGUUAGAAAGAUUUUUUGCUUUGGUACUUGCACAUUUACAGUUACCUCAUUUUCGCCAUGUUUGUAUUUGGAAGAAAAAAAGAAAAGCUAAUAUAUAUAUUAUAUAGGAAAUGGUUCUUAAUGCUAUAAUUUUUUCAUUCCAUUGGAAUCAUAUUGUUUGUAGCAUUUAACACAACUAGCUAUAGUGUAUUAUAUAUACAUCUGUAUACUGAUUGAAAUUUUUAAGAUUUGUACUUUUUUUAAAUGAAAGUUGCUAGUUCUGCUUUACCGAGUAGUGCAAUCAUAUUUUUUUUAAUUGUUGUGGCUGAUUUGAGAGGGUUGUUCACUAAUAAAUGUAUGAUGUAUACCAGUAUAACGAAAAAAAAAUCUUGUGAUUCUCAUUUGAAGACCUACAUUUCACAUUAAGUACUUGCCUUUUAAUGUUUUUCCUUGUAUUGUUUUACAUGUGUGUUACACUAGUAAUGGAGUUACUGCAGCAAUUCCGGCACCUACUGAUGUUAGUGAAAAGCAGCACGCAGCCCCCACCUCAAGCCGGACCACCCAUGCAGUGGUCUUACAUAAAGCUUCAAGAUUGUUUUUCCAUAAGAUCGAACUGAAAAUGUGUAGUGAGAUUCACUCCUCUCUUGGAAGAAACACUUUGAGAACAAACAUUUGAAUUCAUUUUAAUCAAGUUUAAAAAUCAGUUUUUAUUUUAACAAUCUGGCAGAUUUGAAAAUGUUUUGAGGCCAGAGACGAUCGCAUCCAUGCACCACCAUGGCCCCCUGCUGGCCUAACUGUGACUUUCAGGCCGAUGAUACUACACCCUUAGACUGCAAGUAUACAAGGCCCUUCAGCUGUCACUUAUGGGACAAACCAACUGAAACAAUACGCUAUUUCCUACUACCAUUGUAUUUUGUUGUACUAAAUAGACUAUUUGAUGUAUAUAUCUUGUUGAGCCUCAGCAAUUAACUUCAUUCCUCGUCAAAUAAAUACGCUUUUACCAGA